AUGGCGACCGUCGGAUACGGCGAUCGCGUGCCGAUGACAAUUCCCGGCCAAGUGCUCAUGGUGCUGGGCGCGAUGGCCACGGGUAUUCUCUUCGCGGGCAUUCUUAGCGCGUCGUUCUUCGCACUUCUGGACCUUACGGAGCGCGACCGCAGCGUCUUCAACCUCCUCAGCAACGAGAAGGAAGCCAAGGCGACGAGCCUGGCCGCCGCGCGGCUCAUCCAGGCGGCUUGGAACCACUACCAGUGCCGCCGCCGCGAGGCCACGCCCGUCGGUGUUGCCAACGCCGCGUCGGUGCUGCUCUAUGCGGCCGCGCAGACGGCGCGGAAGCUCCGCAAGUCCAAGAAACUCAGCGUCCCGUCCCUCACCGACCAGCUACGCGACGAGUUUGCCGGACUGCACGCAUUGGCCAUGGCGGACCACGAGGCCCGCUGCCAGCGUCUCGAGGCGAUGGAAGCCGACCUCGAUGCGAGCCUCGCCCGCGCCCACGCCCUCGUGUCAGCGUAAGACGACUCCGUCUUGCAUCAUGCGUAAGAUCAAUCAAUACAACCAUAGUAUAUGCGAC